AUGUCUUCAUCGGAAGUCGUCCAGUUCAUCGUCACUGUACGUGAACAGACGUCCAAGCUCAUUGCUGAGCUCCCUGAUCAGCCCUUGACACUCCCAGAGACGCCACCCAUGAUUACCAAUGGCGACGGACUCUACGAGGCAAAUCUACGACUUGUUCUCCGUUACUUGAAACACGUCAACAAAGAGUCCAAACGUCAAGGCGCCCUUGACUCUUCCAUCAAAGUCUCGCAGCACUGUGCUAUGAUCAAACAACUUCAUGACAUGGACGGUUGGCCAGCAAAGAUGUCCCUACCUUUUGAAAUCCCCAAGGGCAUCAAGGAAGUUGCGCAGAAAGUCUCCACGGCAGAAGAAUUGAGACUGUCAUUGAAUGCAGCUUGGCCGACCACUUACACCGACACAUCUGCAGCAAAUGCAAGCACCAAUGCCGCUUCGGCUCUCCCAGUCGCUUCUUCGAACACUGGAGCAACCAAGGCCCCGUCAAAGGCCCGUCCCCAGCACGUCAUACAAGCUAUCUGGGCAAAUCACCUCAAUAGGCGCGAACGAAAGACUGUUGCUCCUUUGACCACCACGGCGAAAGGUCCUGUUUCUGACACAACUAUCGCAGCCGAGCUUGUCGAAAAUGAACAAGUCAUCACCACUGAAGAUAAAGACACCAUCUCAACCGAGGCUUGCACAAAAGAGACCACCAGUGCUGAAGCCGCCAGUGUUGUUGAAGCCGCCAGUGUUGUUGAAGCCGCCAGUGUUGUUGAAGCCGCCAGUGUUGUUGAAGCCGCCAGU